GUGAUCAGCCUGGGGAGCGCCGAGGUGGGCAAGAGCUGUAUCAUUAAACGAUACUGUGAGAAGAGGUUUGUCCCAAAAUAUUUGGCAACUAUUGGAAUUGACUAUGGAGUGACAAAAGUGCAGGUGAGGGAUCGAGAGAUUAAAGUUAACAUCUUUGAUAUGGCAGGUCAUCCUUUCUUCUAUGAGGUACGCAAUGAAUUUUAUAAAGACACUCAAGGUGUGAUCCUUGUCUACGAUGUUGGCCUGAAGGAUUCCUUCGAUGCGCUGGAGGGUUGGCUUGCUGAGAUGAAGCAGGAAUUGGGACCUCAUGGGAACAUGGAGAACAUUGUGUUCGUUGUCUGUGCUAAUAAGGUUGACUGUGGGAAACGGCGUGUGAUCGAUGAGAGUGAGGGACGGCUUUGGGCAGAGAGCCGAGGGUUCCACUACUUUGAAACAUCGGCGCAGUCUGGAGAGGGCGUUAAUGAGAUGUUCCAGGCAUUCUUCUCAGCAAUCCUGGAUUUGUGUGAGAAUGGUAAACGGCCUCAGUCCAGUGUGAGCUUAGGGUUUACUAAGGAGCAGGCAGACACCAUCCGCAGGAUACGCAACAGCAAGGAUAGUUGGGAAAUUUUGGGAAUGAAGCCUGGAGCCUCUAGGGAUGAGGUAAACAAAGCCUAUCGGAAGAUGGCCAUGCUGCUUCAUCCAGACAAGUGCCUUGCACCAGGGAGUGAAGAUGCCUUCAAAGCUGUCGUCAAUGCACGGACUGUGUUGCUGAAAAACAUCAAGUAGUAAAGGGGAGUAUCAUCAAGGUCCCGUACCAUCAAGGUCCACUUUGACUCUGACAACAGAGAUGAAAUUGUCUUUGUCCAAACUGAGUGUUGCACUAUCUGUAAUUCAGAUCUUGGUGUAAAUAAGAAGUCAGUGACUUAAUAAUUGGAUGUUGGUUUCAGGAUUAAUAAACCUGAACAUUAAGAUUUGUUGUAUUUCUUACACUUGUUAAUAUAACCUGUUCACUGUAAACACCAUGUUUAAAAAAAAGGCAAGCUGCAGCAAUGUCCUUUAAAGGGAAAGAAGUUCGGA